ACCCCCUUCGACCGAACAAUCCUUCAGUUCCAUGAAUUCCUUUUACGAAUUUGGUACCAACCUACCUCGCGUAUGCACUGUUCUUAUCUCAUCUUUAUGGUCCGCGGACUUGAAGUUUUACGCCAUCGCCACCUGCAGUCUGUGAACACAAGUUUUGUUAGCUGUGUUCUACUUCGACGAAAUAGCUGUUAAGAGUCAUCUAGGACUGAGAAAAUGGCUUGUUCGGUUGCACGAUCGUCGUUAUUACGCAGCUCGACGGUCAGGCAUUACGUAGCUGCAGCAGCUGCUCAACCUUUGGUUGCCACUGCUCCCGAAUGUCAAGUUUUAGGCAACAAAGUCACUGUUGCCACUUGCGAUAAUAAUUCACCGAUCUCACAGGUGUCCAUAGUUUUCAGAGCCGGAUCACGAAAUGAAACUUACGAUACCCAAGGUGUGACCCAUCAUUUACGGAUCGCCGCAGGCUUAAGUACAGCCAGUGCAAGCGGGUUUAUCAUAACAAGAAAUAUUCAGCAGGCGGGUGGCAUUUUAACUGCGACCGUAGAUCGAGAAAGUAUCGCGUACACGUUACAAGUGAUAAGGGAUAAUUUACCGGAUGCGCUUCAAUUUUUGGAGUAUGUCGCAACUAAACAAGUCUUCAAACCAUGGGAAGUAUCGGAUGAGUUAUCCAGACUGCAAUACGAGUUAUCCACUUUGCCUAAUAUAGUCAUACUUCUGGAGCAGUUGCAUAAAGCUGCCUACCAUACCGGACUGGGACACUCUUUGUAUUCUCCGAAACGUCAGUUAGGAAAAAUUGGGUCGGAAACUUUGCAGCACUUUGUGAAUAAAUGGUUCACCGGACCGAAAUGUGCGGUCGUAGGAACAGGCGUUUCGUUAUCAGAACUCACCGCUUUAGCAAAUAAUUUGUCUAUCGGUACCGAAGAUUGCGCAAUCGAACCAUCACGGUAUUACGGUGGAGAAAUUCGUAAGGAAAGAGCCAGUGAUCUAGCCAGCGUCGCAGUUGCCGUGGAAGGUGUUAGUUUGAAGAAUGAGAAGGACGCUCUAGCAUGUGCUGUACUGCAAAGGGCCUCUGGCGCUGGACCACGUAUUAAAUGGGGAUGCAGUCCGAGUCCGUUGCAGAAAGAAUUGUUGAAGAUUGCAGGCUCGGACCCAUUUGCAAUAUCAAGUUUGAAUGCCAGCUAUUCCGAUUCUGGUCUAUUUGGCUUUAUUAUAUGUUCAGCACCCAAUAUAGCAGGAAACUUAACGAAAGCUGCCUUCAAGUGGUUGAGAACUUUGAAGUUAUCCGACAGUGAUAUUGCUCGUGGUAAAACAAUAUUGAAAGCAGACAUUUUAAACGAUGCAGAUAAUGGAGCUGCUGUGUUAGAAAGUUUACAAUGUCAAGCAUUGCUCAAGGGUAAAGUCUCCUCCGUAGCAUCAUUGAUUGCCGAUGUCGAAAAUGUUUCUGCCUCUGACGUAACAUCUGUUGCUGCCAAAUUAGUAAAUGGAAAGUUAAGUAUGGCUGCCAUUGGUGAUUUGAAUACUGUGCCGUACAUUGAUCAGCUGAAAUAGAUUCGAAACAUAGAAUAUUUUUGCUGUUAAGUUCGUAACAAAAUCACACAGUGCGUGGAUUUCGUCGCAAUAAACAAAAGCGCUCUGUAGAGAGAGAUACGAAUAGAAAUAAAUAUUAUUUAUUCGUGA